AUGGCAAGACAAGAGGAUGACCUUCUCUUUAGGGAGUUUGGAAACCCGGAAAUCUAUGAGCUCACGAGUGGUAUACUUCUCCCGACCACCGAGACUAAUUUCACAAUCCAUCCACAAUAUGCUAGGAUGGUGCAAAUUGAGCAAUUUUCCGGAGGCGUAAAUGAAGACCCCAUUGAGCAUUUGGACCGAUUCCUUGAGUUGUGUGCAAUGAUACAAACAAAUGAAGUGAGCCAAGAUUACAUUCGUAUGCAUCUCAUUCAGCAAUCUCUCACCGGAAGAGCAAAAAAAUGGCUCAAGCAUUUGAAGUCCAACUCUUUCACCACAUGGAAGGAAGUUGCAAGGGCCUUUCUCAAGAGGUUCAUUUCCGAUGAGCAAACCGCAAAAAUGAGGAGGAAGAUAGCUUCCUUUGAGCAGGAACCGGAUGAAACUCUUGGGGAAGCAUGGGAAAGGUUUAAGGAUUUUAUUAGAGCAUGUCCUCAUCAUGAAUUCAACCGUUAUUUGCUCAUGAGAUUCUUUUAUGAUGGAUUGGAGCUAAUGUCAAGGACCAAUCUAGAUGUGGGUGCCGGUGGCCAAUUGAUUAAGAUCCCUCAAAGCCAAGUUGCAGCUACAAUUGAAGAAGUGGCUACUAGCUAUUCUUGGGGAGGCCGAAGAAGGUCCCAAGGGAAGAAAGGAGAUCUUUAUGAGUUGGAGAAAGUCGGCCAACUUAAGCACAUAGUUGAGCUCUUGAAUGAAGGUCUUUCCAAGUUGAACUCAAGUGUUGGUUUGUGUUCAAAACCCUCACAAAUCAUUGAUUUCUCAUGUGCUCGUUGUGGUAGGACGGAUCAUGAUGCAUCCUAUUGUAGAGAGUUCAAUCUCAAGCAUGGUGAAGUUUUGACUUUGAUGGAAAAAGAGUUUGUAACCCAAGCUCAAUCCCAACAACUUCAACAACCUCCAAGGCAAGAAAACUCCUACCCCAAAGAUGGACCUCUCUUCAAUCCACCAACCAAAAACUUUUCCUACCUUUCCAACCAAGUAGAGAACUCUCAAGAUAAAAAUCAUGACCUAUGUCCUCAAGCGUAUGAAGAAAAAUUCUCACCCGACCACACACAAACCCAAAUUCUUCAACAACGUCAAACUAUCACUCCACAAUUCCAAGAAAUCAAAUCUUACAAUGAAGUUGUUGAUUCCCAACUAGCCAACACUUCUUCUCUCCAUUUAACCACAAAACUCCCCUUACAAUCAUCUACUAACCCUUCACAUACUUAUCAACCCGAAACUUGCAAGGAGGACAAGGUUGUAGAUGAUGUGGUUGAGAAGAAGGUUCAAGAACAAAAUGAGGAGCCAUUUGAUUUUAGUGAAUCAAACAAGUUUGAAGACCCGGUUUCCUUUCCUUGUAGGCUAGUUGAGAAUGUCAUUUUGAAGAGCCCUAUGGCGCUGAGCGUAUGUAGAGUUAAUGUGGUCGAUGAUGUGAUGGCUAAUGAGAGCUUACCUCCACGUGAUGAUAAGGGUGACAAUGAGGGAUGA